GUUACUGUUUAACAUCCCCACCCACGUUUCAGUUUGUUUAGUAAAUCGAUCUGAAAGCGCCUGCUGGGGCCCCGUCGCCAUUAAGCCUGGUUCCUAUUUUUAUUUAUUUUUUCCUUCCCUCCUCCGGGAUAGAUUUGCGCUCGGUGGCUGGGCGAGCGAAAGCCAAAGGCCCGCCGUGGGAAACGGAGGGGGAGGAAGCGCGGAUAAUGCUCCUCAGGCGUCUCUAAGCUGCUUCGCCCCGCCAGAGUGUCUUGAUAACUCUGUACGUGCCCAGUGGUCUCUAGACACCUACAUUUACAGAAUAAAUAGAUCAGAGGUUUUUGCAUUGUGGUCCAGAAAGCUUUUCCUGCUGGUUUGCAAACAACUGAUGGAUGACUUGAUGGUAUAUCUUCUUCCUUAUUUACAGCAGUUGCUCAGCAGAACCUUUCAACAUGAACAGUACUGACAAUGUGAUUAGUGGCAUUUGUGCAAUAUGCGGGGACCGAGCAACUGGCAAGCAUUAUGGUGCCUCUAGUUGUGAUGGAUGCAAAGGUUUCUUCCGGCGUAGCAUACGAAAGAGCCAUGUUUACAGCUGCAGGUUACAAGAAUCUCUUCCAAUUGCUUUCCUUUUUGUGGGAAUGAGAAGAUUUAGCCGGCAAUGUAUUGUUGAUAAGGACAAGAGAAAUCAGUGCAGAUACUGUCGCUUAAAAAAGUGCUUUCGUGCUGGGAUGAAGAAGGAAGCUGUUCAAAAUGAACGGGACCGAAUAAGUACCAGACGAAGCACCUCUGAUGGCAGUGCUCCUCCUUCUAUUAACACACUGUCCCAGGCUGAAGUGCUUUCUCGUCAGAUUCCUCUUUCAAGUUUAAAUGUUGGCACUACUGACAUCAGUGUUAAGAAAAUUGCAAGUAUUAGUGAUAUUUGUGAAUCUAUGAAGCAACAGCUCUUGGUUCUUGUAGAAUGGGCAAAAUAUAUUCCAACUUUCUGUGAACUACGGCUGGAUGACCAGGUUGCUCUGUUAAGAGCACAUGCUGGAGAACAUCUUUUACUUGGAGCAGCAAAAAGGUCUAUGGCUUACAGAGACAUCAUUCUUUUAGGUAAUGAUUUUGUUAUCCACCGCAACAGUUCUGAAGUAGAGAUUAGCAGAGUAGCAAACCGAAUUUUGGAUGAACUCAUUAAACCAUUUCAGGAAAUUCAGAUUGAUGAUAAUGAAUAUGCGUGCCUAAAGGCGAUUGUAUUUUUUGAUCCAGAUGCAAAGGGACUGAGUAAUGCAAUGAAGAUCAGGAACAUGAGAUUUCAAGUUCAAAUGAGUUUGGAGGAUUACAUCAAUGAUCACCAAUAUGACUCCAGAGGUCGCUUUGGAGAACUCCUGUUGCUUCUGCCUACACUCCAGAGUAUCACCUGGCAAAUGAUUGAACAAAUUCAAUUUGUAAAAGUAUUUGGUAUGAUUAAAAUUGACAGUUUACUUCAGGAAAUGUUGCUUGGAGGUACAUUUAAUGAUGCUACUAAUCUCCAGCCAAUUCAUCCUCAUCUAGGCCAGGAUCCAGUUACUGGGCAAACUCUGCUUAUAAAUUCAGUAACAGCUUCUGCUCAUAUGGAACAGAUAGCAACUCCUGAAACUCCACUACCUUCACCUCCACAAGGUUCUGGCCAGGAAUACAAGAUAUCUCCAAACCAAGUUACAGUCAUUUCACAGCAAUCACUUCCAAAACAAAAAACAUUGUGAUAUUGAUCAAUGGUUCUUUUAUAUUGUAAGCACUGCAUUAACAAUCUUGACAUUGACAAACUCAGGGUAGAUAACUUUGAUCCAGAUAGAAUAAAACGAGUUUUGUUUUUGUUUGUUUGUUUUAUAAUUUUUGCUCAAUGCCUGAAUUGAAAUAUUUGUGGAUGUUAAUAUUUGAAAGCUGUGCCUUCUUUGCAAUGCCUUUGAGCAUUAAUAUGUUGCCCCUUCAUAUUAUGUGUUAACUAUUUAAAAUGUGUACAGAAUGCAAAUCUGAUUUCAAUAAAAUUACUAGAUAAAAUAUAGAGAUAAUGAAAAAGUAAAGCAAGAAGUUUUAACAAUUAAUCUAAACCAGGGGUGUCAAACUCAAGGCCCAGGGGCCGGACCUAGCCUGGUGGGGGUUCUUAGACAUGGCCCCAAGUGCUUCUUUCAGGGAAAAUGGAGCUCAGGAGGGUCGCACUCCCAAGCUCCAUUUUCGCUGGCAGAGAGUUGCAAGAGGCCUUCAU